AUGCCUUCGUUUAAUCCUCAGCUGCCCGAUUUUGUAGAGCCCUUGUGGCUGCCAUCGUUAUUUCGGGUUGAAGCAAAAACAGAUUUGUGGAUGCGACUGGAGCAAGAGGACGCAACUAAUUGUACAACAGAGCAAGAAGAAAUCACUUCGCCCACGAGCGAUGAUGCCUUGUUCAAUAUUAAACGAUCAAAAAAAGAGUACAGCGUUCAUGAGAUGAGAGAUAAGGCACGACAAUAUAUGGAAAAGAAUAACUAUGUCGACGCGCUCGCUACCUUUGAAAAGUAUAUCAUCAAGAGAACCAAUGUAAAAAGCUCCCUCAAUAGCUCCGUGUCAUCCUCAAUUACGACCAAUUCUUCCAGUUCACAACCAUCUGGAGCUUCAGUCGCUAGGUCAGAUAGUGUGGCGUCUCAACGAUCGGACAGAGAAGAGAGAAGCGUUAACCUCUCAUUCAACAGCAACUCUUUGAAGAUUUACGUUUUAAUCGGAUGCAAUUUGGCCGUUGAGUACACACUUAAAGGAAAUAUUUCAACAGCAAUAGAUGUUCUUACUAACACGAUUGAUAUCAUUUCCGAGAAUAUUAAGAAAUUGCAGAAAAGAGCCUCGUCAAGCAAAGGUGAGGGUCGUAUGAGCAGAUCUAGCUCUCGCAAUUCACUUACAGGGCAUGUAUCGGAUGUAAAAUCCAAAUUGAGAGAUGAUAAGGAUCAACUUAACUUUAUGAAAGCAAUCCUUGCCUUUAAUCUUACCAAUUUACUCAUCAGAAAAAAGAAAUAUUCCUCUGCUCUUUCAUACUGCAAAAUUGCUUUAAAAAAGUUCUCUUAUUAUGGAAAUUCAGAAUAUGCAUCCUUCUUUAUGUUAACAAGAGCGGUCAUUCAUUGUCUAAUGAAGAAUUACCAAGACGCACAAAAUAUUCUGGUGGAUUGUCUUAUCCUUAUUCGAUAUAUGAAGUACCACAAAGGAAGAGAAUAUGCUGCAGGUUCGGGCUCCCUCAAAAUUUCAUGGCUAUACAUUCCAGCAUCAUCACCUGACACAAUGAAUGAGGAUGAUGCUUCAAGUAUUUCUCGAUUUGGAGCAGUUUUUCGAGAAAACUGGGAAUCUAUGAUGAAAGUCCUAUCGUAUCAUAAUUUGGCUCUCUGUAAGGCGUAUUUUCAAGCUUAUGGGAAAGCGUUUAAACUAAGCGAGAGGGCAAUUGAGCUUGCCAAGUCAAUUCCAAAUAUUAUAGAUGUUGGAUCUUUAGUUUCAACACUUGCCAAAACAUUUAAAUUCUGUAAGAGAAUGAAUGAGACAGCUUCUGCGUAUGCAGGAAAUAUUCUUUUGAGGACUAGUUCAGAACCAGAACAAGUGCUUCAAACCCUUAAAACAGUUGUAGAUGUUCGGAAGAAACUUGUUUCCCUACUACCAUUUCUGGGGAAAAGUGAUGAUUUUAAGGAUUUAAAUAUGUCAAUAAUUGAAGACGAGGAUGAUUUGAUGGAACAAAAACAAUCUGUGAGCUCUAGUCAAUCUAGUAGAUCAACACAAAGUGACGGUAGUGAAACAGAUAAAUUUUUGCUCAAAUCGUCACUUAAAAAUACAAUUAUUGCUGCACGACACGAAACAACUGCGUCAAUAUCUCAUACAAAGAAAAGAACUCCUCAGAAGGUCGUGAACAACAGAGUCGUACUUCCUCCAGUUAAGCGAGUAUUGACCUCCCUAGAUAUGUUAAACAUUCAUAACACCAACGAAGAUGUAAAUAGUAAGAAACCAAAUGACAGUAGAAAGGCACAAAGCGCGCCGAAACAAGAAAUUUCAAAGAGAAAAGAGAAGAAUCAAAAAAUUAUUAAGGCAGAAGAGGUGGUUGCUGAAAUGGUGACAUCUGUAUCAUCAACAAAAACAACAACUGAAACCAACCUUACCAAUACCUCUUCCACACCUAACAUUACCAAACCAGUCAAUGCAGACCAAGACCCAGCUCUGCAGGCUGUUAUGGAAGACCCAACAAAGAUGAAAGCAUUGCUUAUCAUUCAACAAGCUUUCAGAAAGAAGUUAGCGCGAAACAAAGCCAAAAGGAUCAAGAUAGAAAAAGAAAAUGCCCUUAGAGAUUUCCUUGCUGAAGAGCGAAGGUGGUUCGAAGAGAACAAGGACAAGUAUUUCGAUUUGCUAUUGGAAGAGGAGAAAUAA